CAGGUACAUCAGCUGUCCUCCUGCUGCAGAGAUGGUGCAAGCAACUCCCUUGCUGCUGGUGCUCUUCCUGGCCCUGGGGGCUCAUGGCCUCGCUGCGAAAAAGUGCUCCCUGACCGGGCGCUGGGUCAAUGACCUGGGCUCCAACAUGACCAUCACAUCCGUGAAUGCAAAUGGUGUCUUUGCUGGCUCCUACCACACGGCUGUGACAGCCACCUCCAACGAGAUCAAGAAAUCACCGCUGCAGGGAUCCAUGCAGAAGGGCCCUAACCAGAAGGGCCAGCCCACCUUUGGCUUCACCGUCAACUGGAACUUUUCAGGUACUUCUUUCCCAGCCUUUAUGGUAUCCUGGACUUCCCCUGCCCUGCCCCUUCUGCUCUUGAAGUUUUAG